AUGGAUGCAUUUGUAAAACUCGUAGUUCUUUUCUUCUAUGUAAUCUCCAUCUUAAGAAUCUCCACGGCAGUAGACACCAUUACGGCAAAUCAACAAAUUAAAGAUGGGGAGACCAUCGUUUCAGCUGGUGGGAGCUUUGAACUGGGUUUUUUCCACCCGGGUAAUUCCAAAAAUCGGUACCUGGGAAUAUGGUACAAGAAGGUGAGUGUCCCGACUGUGGUAUGGGUUGGCAACAGAGAAAUCCCACUCACUGAUUCAUUGGGAGUUUUGAAGGUCACAGACCAGGGAACUCUUGUUAUUCUCAGUGGUACUAAUAGCACCAUUUGGUCUUCUAAUGCAUCACGAUCUGCACAGAAUCCAACUGCCCAGCUUUUGGAGUCUGGAAAUCUUGUACUGAGAAAUGGAAAUGAUGAUGACCCAGAAAAUUUCUUAUGGCAGAGCUUUGAUUGUCCAUGCAAUACUCUUCUACCAGGCAUGAAGCUUGGAAGGAAUACAGUGACAGGCCUGGAUCGGUACUUAUCAUCAUGGAAGAGCACUGAUGACCCUUCUAAAAGUAAUUUUACGUAUGCGCUUGAUCCUAGUGGAUAUCCACAACUAUUGCUGAGGAAGGACUCAGCUGUGAUUUUUCGGUCUGGACCAUGGAAUGGUCUUCGAUUUAGUGGGUUUCCUGAACUAAGGCCAAACAAAGUUUUUAACUAUUCUUUUGUUUUCAAUGAAAGGGAGAUGCACUUUACCUAUGAGCUUGUUAGCAGCUCAGUUCUUUCAAGGCUGGUGCUAAAUCCUAAUGGAAACGUGCAGCGUUCCAUAUGGGUCGAUGAAACCAACAGUUGGAAUCCUUACUCAACUGCAUAUAAGGAUGACUGUGAUAGCUUCGCAGUAUGCGGAGCAUACAGCACCUGUAACAUCUACCGGUCUCCAAGAUGUGGAUGUAUAAAAGGAUUUGUACCAAAGUUCCCAGACCAAUGGGACAGGGUGGAUUGGUCAAAUGGCUGUGUGCGAAGUACUUCACUAAAUUGUCAGAAGGGUGAUGGGUUUGCAAAGGUCUCUGGUGUCAAACUUCCAGACACUAGAAACACCUCCUUUAAUGAAAGCAUGAACCUCGAGGAAUGCGCAUCAAUGUGCUUGAGGGACUGCUCUUGCACUGCUUAUACAAAUUCAAAUAUCAGUGGAGGAGGAAGUGGAUGCUUGCUCUGGUUUGGUGACUUGAUUGAUAUAAAAGAGUUAGCUGAAAAUGGGCAAGAUUUCUACAUAAGGAUGGCUGCAUCAGAAUUAGAACAAAGUAGUGAAAGUGCUAAAACCAAUGAAAGACAGGAGGAUCUAGAGUUACCAUUAUUUGACUUAGAUACGAUUUUGAAUGCCACCAAUGAAUUUUCAAGAAACAAUAAGCUUGGAGAGGGUGGUUUUGGACCUGUCUACAAGGGUAUAUUGCAAGAUGGAAAAGAAAUAGCUGUGAAGAGGCUGUCAAAAGAUUCUAUGCAAGGACUUGAUGAGUUUAAAAAUGAAGUUAUAUAUAUAUCCAAACUUCAGCACCGAAAUCUUGUGAAGCUUCUAGGAUGCUGCAUUCAUAAAGAAGAAAAGAUGUUGAUCUAUGAGUACAUGCCCAACAAAAGCUUGGACUUCAUUUUUGAUCAAAUGCAAAGCAUGGUACUAGAUUGGCCUAAGCGCAUUGCCAUUAUCAAUGGUAUUGCUCGAGGGCUUCUUUAUCUUCAUCAAGACUCCAGGCUCAGAAUAAUCCACAGGGAUCUUAAAGCAGAUAAUAUUUUACUUGAUAAUGAGAUGAGCCCCAAAAUCUCAGACUUUGGCAUGGCAAGAAGUUUUGGAGGAAAUGAUACUGAAGCAAAUACCAAAAGGGUGGUUGGAACAUUUGGCUACAUGUCUCCAGAAUAUGCUAGUGAUGGAGUAUAUUCAGUAAAAUCCGAUGUUUUCAGCUUUGGUGUUUUGAUGCUGGAGAUUGUUAGUGGGAAGAGAAACAGAGGAUUUAACCAUCCAGACCACAGCUUUAAUCUUCUUGGACAUGCAUGGACACUCCAUAUGAAGGGCAGACCUUUAGAACUGAUUGACGCAUCCUUGGGGGAGGCCUAUAAUCAGUCUGAAGUGCUACGUGCACUCAACGUGGGACUAUUAUGUGUACAAAGUAAUCCAGAUGAUCGACCAAACAUGUCUUCUGUGGUUCUGAUGUUGGGGAGUGAGGGUGCAUUGCCUCAGCCUAAAGAGCCUGGUUUUUUCACCCAAAGGAUUAUGCUGGAAGCAAAUUCAUCACUAAGCAGGAUGGCAGCUUUUUCUGGUAAUGAAUAUACCAUUACGCUCAUAUAUGAUCGAUAGAAGGAAUUUCAUGUUGGUUUUUUCGUCUUGUCCUGAGAUUCAUGACUGUAAUAACUGUUGAGGAUGCUGAAAGUUUCAACUCAUUUUGGUGUCUUCCCCAACCAUAAAGCUUGGAAUAGUACAUACACCCAUAUGAUUAAUGAGUUUUGUGAUGAUAUAUUCAGAAUGGAAUUUGGUGGUGUAUUGCUCAACAGCCUAGUUAGUCUU